UGCAAAUUUAUGCAUGCGUCGGGGACCCGCGUCUCUUCCCAUCCACCUUUCAUGAUCGAAGAUCGAAGAUCGGCUCGCAUCGGGCCGAACUGGAAUGCGCGCUUACUUUCGUCACCGGAUUAUCUGCGGCCCAACUGAUUGAACAUCGGCGAUGUGAUUCAAGUUAUAAUCGGUAUAACUAUCGUGUCGCAGGUCAUUACCGAAGGUGACGGCCGACGUGGGUUAUCAGAAGCGUGUUAUGAACGGAGCGAGCAGGUUCUGGUGUUCAUCCGCUUCGUUCAGUCGUGAAUAUCCCGAUAUCGGUUUCGGACACACAGUGUGCCGCUCGUCGUGUUCUGGUGCGUCACGUACACAUACACACUUAUUGUUUAUCAGUCUGAACGGGACCGUCACGUGCAUCGGAGGAUUGGUCACGAGUGCAAGACGAAGAAAUGGAGCUGAUCGAUCCUUGCUGCGUAGAGGAUCAACCGCAAAAGAUCACCUUUGAGGAUAUCACGUCGGCGGCGUUCAAGAUAAAAUCCGGAAUCAUCUGUACACCAUGUGUGAAAUCGCGCCUGUCGGGCACCGGCAUGGAUAUCUACCUGAAGAAAGACUUCGGUCAAGUUACCGGUAGCUUCAAGGAGCGCGGUGCCCGAUACGCUCUGCUGCAACUCACCGACGAGCAGAAGUGUGUCGGUGUGAUAUCGGCUUCGUUGGGCAACCACGCUCUGGCUCUUUGCUACCACGGAAGAGAGCUGAAAAUACCUGUGACUGUGGUGAUGCCGGUGGUGGCACCGAUAAUGAAGAUUGCGGCGUGUCGGCAGUACGGUGCGAAUGUGAUCGUCGAGGGCAACGACAUGGGGGAGGCCAAGAGAAUCGCCUUGAAGCAUGCGAAGGAAAAGGGCUUGAUCUACAUUAACGGGUACGAUCACCCGCACAUCAUGGCUGGCCAAGGAACCCUCGGCUUGGAGAUCGUCGAGCAAGUACCAGACAUAGACGCUGUGGUGGUGCCCGUCGGUGGUGGCGGAUUAAUAGCGGGUGUUGCGUUGGCUGUUAAAACGUUUCGGCCGAAUUGCAAGAUCAUUGGGGUCGAGUCAGAGAGGUGUGCGAGUUAUCACAUGGCGCGCAAAGCCGGUAAACCAACGUACACCCCCAUACAGUCAACCCUGGCCGAUGGAUUGGCCGUUCCUAUGGUAGGAUACAACGCGUUCGCCACGGCAGAUUCGUUGAUCGACAAACUAGUCAUGGUGAAGGAGGAGUGGAUCGCGAUCGCGAUCCUGAAGCUGGUUGAGAAUGAGAAGUGCAUUGUCGAAGGUGCGGGAGCGACAGGUUUAGCGGCCAUCUUGGCUAGUCAGCUCGAUGAGCUCAAGGGAAAAAGGGUAGUGUUAUUAUUGUGCGGCGGCAACAUCGACACAACUGUCUUGGGUAGAUGCCUGGAGCGUGGAUUAGCCGCCGAAGGUCGCCUGCUGAAGUUCACGGUGACAGUCUCGGACAGACCGGGCGGUAUCGCGGAGCUCUGCAAGGCCCUCGCGAGCAUCGGUGUCUCCAUAAAGGACAUCAUGCACGAGCGGGCCUGGAUAAUGUCCGACUUAUUCAGCGUGGACGUCAAGGUCGUCUGCGAGACCAGGGACCGUGAGCACGCCGAGCAGCUGAAGAAUCUACUCUGUCAAAAUUACAACCGCGUCGUCUUCGGCAGCGACAAUACCUACACUCUGCCGUCAAUUACGAGCUGAUCCAAAUAUCUUGUGAGUGUUUCACGCCGAUUGGAUGAUCUCUUCGAAAUUUUAUUAUUUUUACCUGAGAUAAUUUUUUUAUAUAAAACACUUUUUCUCUCGCAAAUAUUUUUAGGCGCGAAUGUUAGAACGGCACAUCCUGUGCGAGCUACUUUCGACCGGCGUAGAGUUAUUGGCGUAAGAUGCACGUUAAAAUAUAGCAUGUAAAGAUCUUCCUUCAGAAUUUGUUCUCGUAUUUUUAUGCAACGCUCAUGACAAACGCGAUAAUUAAUUUUAAGUUAUAGGAACAUCGAGCAGAGGGGUAUUCUAUGCGUGUAACUUCGCCGAUGGACGCGCUCUGUCGCGAGAAUUUUCUGCCCCUUCCGCUCUGCCAACGUUUUACGAACAGUUGUUGUCCGAUGUUGUUUUGCAACGUCUGUCAGGGAUGUGAAGUGCCGCGAAACGAUCGAACCGGCGGUUCGCAAAUAUCACGGCGCUUCCGCAUGCACGUGCGCGCAAUAUCGCGCGCGUGCGUUGCCGAAGCGUCUCUGGUGGGAAAUAAAACUGGAAAUACCACCCGUGUGAAAAGCGUCUUCCCUGCAUACGCGAUACGCGUAUGUGCGUUUACAUGCGCGCUGCCUACUCGCACGCCCGCGUUACCGCUUACCUGUCCGUUACAUCGAUUCGUCGGCCGUAGCGAGAUUAAUUUAGCUAAUUGACUGUGAGAGCCGACGAUAAAUUAAUGCCCGUCGAAGGACUUCCGAUAGAGUUGUAUGUGGUAUUUAUAAAAAUCGUGCAUUUAAAGAGGUUUCUUAUACUAAUAUCAACCUUCUCGAUAAUUUGUGCGCGGCGUGCGUUAACUUUGUUUAUUCAUUUCUUCUACUUCUCUUUGUUCCCGUUCACACGUGACGCACGUGUGCGCGAAAAUAGUCGGUUCAGUUGUUUCACCGCGAUCAGCGGCGCACGCUCGCGCGGCUGAGGACACUUAAAUAAAUAAGUCGAAAACCCCGACGACGGGGUUCACGGGGUCGCCACCGGGGAUGCAAAAAUACCCACGUAGGCGGCACGCGGCGUCCCGCAUGUAGAUGCGCCGGAAUAUUCGUCUCAUAAAUCCCCCGACCGGGAACGAUUUUAUGAUUGUGUAGCGACACGCGCGCUCGGAUGAAUCAUGCGCUCACGUCGCGUCGCGUCGUGUCGCGUUGCAUCUCUCUGUGCGAGAAUUCAAGAUUAAAACGGCCGAUCAAUACCUUCAUCGCCGCCAUUAAGUUAUAGCGCAAAUCUGCGGGGUGGUUCGAUCGAUGCGCCCGAACGGGAGGGAAAAAUCCCCGGUGACGCGAUACGGAAUUUCAUGCAACGACGCGCGAGCGCGCUCGCCCGCCCGCCCGCCCGCGCGUGGCGGUGGCGGCGCCGCGCUAUUUUCCUCUCUCGGGGUUAUACGCGGAUAUGAUUGGGUUUUUGCGUAAACUCGCCCGGCCGUAAAGCCCGCUUUUACGAGCCUGAUUACGGGUGCCCGACACUGCGCUUAUUGGCGCUCCGACGCGCGCCCGGACGGGGCGAUGCGUCGUCGUCUUCGUCGUCGUCGACGACGAAGCCGCGUCCUCGAUGAAAUUCCGGCACGAAGUAGCAUCGUCGACGACGACGAGAUGCUGAAAUCGGUCGUGCCGGAGAUGCGCCGCGAUUUUAUCGGAUAAUUUUCACGAGCGUUUCAUUCUCGAUGGUCGUUUUCUGGAUCGCGACUAGCUGAGGAAAGAGAAUACAGCCGAAUUUGAAGAGAACGCACGUACGGGGAACUGAGGUACGUUUAGACUGCGCGUUUACCGCUAAUCGUAGCCGUUCGAUUUGCGAAUAACGUCGCAAUCGUCGUGUGGAAUGAAUAAAUCACGAGGAAUGCGUCUGACGUGAUUUGCGUCCAGAACGUGGCUCUACGCGGGAAGAAUUGUCUGUUGUUAUAAAACUGAAAACCUCGCUGACAACCUCGCAAUUUUCACUCACAUAAAUUUAUUUACCGCGUGUACAAAUCUCCUUAGCUAUAAUAUUCAAUCUUGCUGAAAUCAAUCAAUCUGUUUCUUCUGUUUCAUGUAACGAUCAAUCAGCCUUAUACUUUGGAUAGGGGACGGGAUAGCUCCUAAAAUAAUAUGUAUCAGUGCUCAGUUCCAACGUGUAUCUUACAUUACUUUUCCACACGGUCACGUCCGGAAUUUAGGCAUUUUUCGUAGCGGGGCCCUGAGCUUUGUAUCCCCUUCGCCGAGGAACGUCGCAACGUCGCACAGCCAGCCAAUUUUUCGCCGUCACAAAGUGUUCGAUCAUCCGCCGUAUAGUCCGGACUUGUGGCGUCAAACGGCUAUCACUUGUUCCGCCGGUGGAAAAAAUUUUUAAUGACGCAGCACUUUGUGGCUGACGAGGAGCUGAAAGCGUCGCAGGAAAAACCGGCUGUCUGCGCGACGUUCGUCGUGGAUCAGGGGGCCAUGAAAGGCUGACGUCUUUCUGCGACAAAUGCCUGAAUUCCGGCGGUGACGAUGUAAAAAA